AUGUCUGCGACUGUUGGUGUGCUUCCCGUCGCGAGCAUUCCAGUGAACUACGAGGAGGAGACGCAAAAGAUCACCGACUUCCUGACGCGUUUCGUCGCCGAGCCCCGAAGAGGACGCGCGAUCCCUGAGGACGAUGAUGAUGGAGCCGAGGAGUCGUCGGACGAGGAGAUUGAGGACUUUGCCUCGCUCGACCUAGAGGACGAGGGCGAGGGCGAGGGCCGCAGCAAGGCCAAGUACAUGCGGAUCAUGCGCAAGGUUGCGAACCGGCAGACGACCGAGGUCGUCGUCGACCUGAACGACCUGCAGCAGUUUGACCAAGACCGCUCGCUCCUCACGAACAUCAUGAACAACACGCGGCGAUACGUCCAGCUCUUUGCCGAGGUGCUUGACCAGCUGAAGCCCCAGCCGGACCACGAGCUCGACUACACCGCCGACGUGCUGGACCUGAUCAUGCAGCAGCGCCAGAACCUGAACGCGGAGACGGCGGAGCAGGCGCAGGAGCAGCAGGUUGACGUGGCUGCGUCUUUCCCGCCCGAGCUUAUGCGGCGGUUCAACGUCUACUUCCGCCCGCCGAAGAACAAGAAGGAGGUUCUCGCUGUGCGUUCGGUCGGCGCGCACCACAUCGGACACCUGAUCACGGUGCGCGGCAUUGUCACGCGUGUGUCCGAAGUCAAGCCCCUGCUGCUCGUGAACGCGUACACUUGCGAGUCGUGCGGUAACGAGAUCUUCCAGGAGGUUGCGCAGAAGCAGUUCACGCCCCUCGCCACCUGCCCGUCUGACACAUGUAAGACGAACCAGACCAACGGUCGACUCUACAUGCAGACGCGCGCGUCGCGUUUCCAGCCGUUCCAGGAGGUCAAGAUCCAGGAGAUGGCUGACCAGGUUCCCGUCGGCCACAUCCCGCGCUCCAUGACGGUGCACAUGUACGGUGCGCUCACUCGCUCCGUCAAUCCCGGCGAUGUUGUCAACAUCUCGGGUAUCUUCCUCCCGACGCCCUACACUGGCUUCCGCGCUAUGCGCGCGGGUCUGCUGCAGGACACUUUCCUGGAGGCGAUGCACGUGCAUCAGCUGAAGAAGCAGUACAGCGCGAUGGAGAUCACGCCCGAGAUCCAGGCAGCCAUCGACGAGCUCAAAGAGGACCCGAACUUGUACUCUCGUCUUGCCAACUCGAUCGCGCCUGAGAUCUACGGUCACGAAGACGUCAAGAAGGCGCUGCUUCUGCUUCUCGUCGGCGGUGUCACCAAGACGGUGGGCGACGGCAUGAAGAUCCGUGGUGACAUCAACGUGUGUCUUAUGGGUGACCCCGGUGUGGCCAAGUCGCAGCUGCUCAAGUACAUCACCAAGGUCGCGCCUCGGGGCGUGUACACCACUGGCCGUGGUUCGUCCGGCGUCGGUCUCACGGCGGCCGUUAUGCGCGACCCCGUCACGGACGAAAUGGUGCUCGAGGGUGGUGCGCUCGUCCUCGCCGACAACGGAAUCUGCUGCAUCGACGAGUUUGACAAGAUGGACGAGUCGGACCGUACCGCGAUCCACGAGGUGAUGGAGCAGCAGACCAUCUCCAUCUCCAAGGCGGGCAUCACGACGACCCUCAACGCGCGUACCUCGAUCCUGGCUGCCGCGAACCCGCUCUACGGUCGGUACAACCCCAAGGUCUCGCCCGUGGAGAACAUUAACCUUCCUGCGGCUCUGCUGUCGCGUUUCGACAUCCUGUUCCUGAUCCUCGACACGCCGUCGCGCGACGACGACGAGCGUCUCGCCCAGCACGUCACGUACGUGCACAUGCACAGCGCGGCGCCCGAGCUCGACUUUGACGCGGUCGAGCCGACGCUCAUGCGGCACUUCAUCGCCGAGUGCCGCAAGGUCCGCCCCACGGUCCCCGCGGCCAUGAGCGAGUACAUUGUCUCCUCGUACGUGCAGAUGCGCAAGCAGCAGAAGGAGGACGAGGCCGAGGACAAGAACUACACGUACGUGUCGGCGCACCGACGUCGACGAGGCGCUGCGGCUCAUGGACGUGUCCAAGGCGUCGCUGUACGAGCACCAGACGCGCUCCGGCGAGGACCACUCGGAUACGUCCAAGAUCCUAGCGGACGCGGGGCAGCCGCGCGCCGCCGCGCCGCCGGCGAGGAGACGGACAGCGACGACGACGGCAGUCUUCAGGACAUGUCCGUGGUCGAGCUCAGGAACCGCGUCAUCGCAAAGGGAUUCACGGAGAACCAGUUCAUCGACACGCUCACCGAGUACGAGAACAUGGGCGUGCUCGUGCGCUCGACGAAUGGGCAGAGGGUCCGCUUCGUCAAUGCGGACGAGUAG